AUGGCGGAUGUUGAACAACCCGCGAAACCUAUUUCACCGAUAUCCAACCUGUUGCAGAAAAUUGGUUUGACCCGCGACGAUCUGAGCCGUCAUAGCGACCAAAUGCGUCAAUUUUUGACUACUCAAGACGCGAAGACUCUUCGCGUUUUUUCUGCAGAGUCUGCAGAUGCACAACAGAGUAUUGCUUCUGUUCUUGGCAAAUCUCGCUCCUGCUCUCAUUCCAGCUCAAAUUCGCGUCAAAACACGUCUACUGCUUCCCAAACACCACCCCCUUCCACGCCUGUCAAAUCUGAGCCCGUGGAGCCUGCUAUCUCGCUCCGUCAUAUGGACAGCAUGGAAAUGAUCCUCGAGAGAAGGAGCCGAAAAAUAAAGCGCGAUAAGCGGGGAAAGAAAGACAAGGACCGCAAUGCACCUUCUCCAUCCCCUGCAAGCACAGCUUUCAGCCUUGACGCGUUCAUGCAAUCACGCGAUUUACGACGCGUCCCAUCCUUGGAUCAAUCUGAUUCCUCUACCAAUAUGCCUCAUUGGUGUGACAACCACGAGGAUGAACUUCCCCUUCCUGUCACUCCUCAGCACCGCAAGUAUUAUAGAGAUUAUGAUACCACACUUCAAUGCGAACUUUAUCACCCCCCGCCGCAACGCCUAUUACAAUCGCCCCUGCCUUCAUCCUCUCCACCUCAAUCUUCUCCGUUCGCGACGCCCUCUAAACCUAUUGUCAACCUUGUGUCAUCGCCUGGCCCCAUGGGUCCCCUCCCAGAUGAAGAUGAUUACGAAAAUCUUCCAUAUACCCUUCCUCCCGGUCCAUAUUCUAUGAAGAAACCAGACCUCUCGUAUGCGGCCCUUAUCGGCCAAGCAAUACUUUCUUCGCCAGAUCAUCGGCUCACCCUACAGGAACUUUACGAUUGGAUUACGAUCGUGUAUCCGUAUUACAACCGAAGCGAAAUGACGUGGAUGAACUCUAUUCGUCAUGUCCUCAGUACAACCAUAUGCUUCCGUAAGGUCCCCCGUGAUCGCAGUGUUGGGCGCACGCUCUGGGCGAUUUGGGACUGCGAUCUCGAGUUUUCACUGAUGAAGACUGCUCCUAAGAAGCGCGCAGCGGAAGAAUCGGCGUCUGGUCGCAAAACGAAACGACAGAAGAAAGGUGCUGCACCUGCACCUGUUGAACCGCCGACAAGCUCGCCUGUACAAGAGACGACUCCUGCAUUCUCAGGCUCCGCUCUGCCAACCCUUGUGCCAUAUUCGCAACUCCUCCCUCUUUUUCCUCCUCGCAGUUCUGCCCAUCACCAACCUUACUAUCAAAACUGUGCACAGCUGCCUGCCGAUGUCAUAUUUCCUCCCUUACCACCAUCGUCGAGUUACGCUCGUACUAGUUCAUCAUCAUCUGCCGUCAAGAGCUCUGAUGUGGCGCAGACGUCACCGAUCCCCCCUUCCUCCCUACCCGGCCUCUCGCCGAGUAAAAGUUCUUCCAGUCCCCAGUUGUCCUCUGAGGAUCACCUCUUUUUUAACCUUGAUGGCGGCAUGAGCCCUCGCAUCGAGUCAACCCCUCCGCUAGAGUCUGGAAUUACUCUACUUGAUACUGAUAGACGCCAACUCAAAGGCAGUUUACCACCUCCCAAACACAUCCGAAUGUUGCGCACAUCCUCUUGUCUCCGGUUUUUCCUGAUUAUAGAGCUGUGUUUGUGCAGAAAAUCCAUUGGACUGCCUCCCGUGCCGGUAUCUCCUACGCUUGACCGUCGUGGCAAAUCCAAGAAAGCUAAGCCACCUGCUAAGGGUUGUCCUCCGCCCAUGGGUGGCAGCAAUACUGUACAACUCUCACCCAUUCGCACGCCCUUGUCUCAUAAAGGCCUCCACAUGAGUCCCUCCGCAAGCCUCGCGCAUUACAAAUUCAAUCUCGAUCCACCCCCCUCCGCCACCUUCCACCCGGACGAUGGGAUUAACCCUGCUGUAUUUGAUACCGAGAAUAUCCGCACACCGUCGUGCAAGCGCGGCACGCAUGCGCAUGGACAUCAUCAUAAAGAUACCUCUAUCUUGUUCCCGCCUGUAACGCCCAAGAAGCUGGUCUUUCCUACGCACAGUUCCUCCGCAGAUCCUAUAUUUGAUCCGCAUGAUCCAGGGGCAAUCCUUGAUGAGGAGCUGGCGCGGCUUGGCGCAAAAGGGAUGCAAGAGAGCCCGAUUGGAUUAUUUGAAGGCCGACGCGGUCUGUUGUACGAGAGCCCGAACAUGCCGAGUCCGGGGAAAUGGGCUCGGUGGUUCUGA